AUGGAUCAGAUUGAGAAACCAAAAGCCUAUUCUGAGAAAGGACUCUUGGAAAAGAUAAAGCUGUACCUUUCAAAGAAAACUCUACCAUCUCCCACUGACCGAAAGAAAUUUGACCAUGACUUUGCCAUCUCCACUUCCUUUCAUGGAGUCCAUAACAUUGUCUGGAACCGGAGCAGAACUCGCAAGGUGUUCUGGUUGCUGGUGGUCCUGGGCUCAGUGGGGCUGGUGGUCUGGCAGAUUUACAGCCGUCUGGUCAACUACUUCACUUGGCCCACCACGACGUCUGUAGAGGUUCAGUAUGUGGAAAAGAUAGCGUUCCCGGCUGUGACGUUUUGUAAUUUAAACAGGUUUCAAACAGAAGCUGCAGCCAAAUUUGGCAUUAUUUUUUUCUUAUGGAAUAUUGUAUCCAAAGUCCUUCAUCUUCAGGGAAUCCAAACUAAUUCCACAGGCUCUAAAGAAGCUAUUGAUUUUCUUGCAAGUCACCAAAACUUCAGCAUUGCAGAAUUUGUCAAGAAAAAUGGUUUUUAUCUCAACAGUAGCACUUUGUUAGAAUGCAACUUUUUUGGAAAGCCAUGUGGACCAAAGGAUUUUGCACAUAUCUUCACUGAAUACGGAAAUUGUUUUACUUUUAAUCAUGACGAAAAUAUCCAAGCAAAUGAAAAAGUGAGUGUUUCUGGAAGAGGCUUAAGUUUGCUCUUCAAUGUCCAUCAGAAGGACUUUACUGAUGACCCAACCCUUGGCUUUGUCGAUUCUGGGAUCAUCUUUGUUAUCCAUUCACCAAUGAAGGUGCCACAGUUCGAUGGCUUAGGUUUGUCUUCACCUGUGGGAACGCAUGCACGGGUAACCAUCCGCCAGGUGAAGACAGUCCAUCAGGAACAUCCUUGGGGAGAAUGUAACCCUCACCUGGAGCUUCAGAAUUUCAGGACCUACAGCAUCUCUGGCUGCUUGAAGGAAUGCAGAGCUUGGCACAUAGAGAAGCAGUGCGGGUGUCUACCUUUUCUGCUUCCUGGAAAUGGGGUAGAAUGUGACCUACAAAAGUUUUACAACUGUGUGUCUCCUAUACUUGACCACAUUGAAGUUAAGGGAUUAUGCACAAUGGGAACACACAAUUCUAGCUGCCCUGUUCCUUGUGAAGAAACAGAUUACCCCGCUACUGUUUCUUAUUCUACUUUUCCAAGUCAGAAAGCUUUGAAACAUCUUUCCAAGAAGUUGAAUCAAAGCCAGGAAUAUGUCAGGGAGAAUCUUGUGAACAUUGAAAUAAACUAUAGUGACUUAAACUAUAAGAUAACCCAGCAGCAAAAAGCAGUGAGUGUAUCUGAGUUACUUGCAGAUGUGGGCGGUCAGCUGGGCCUAUUUUGCGGGGCCAGUGUGAUAACAAUUAUAGAAAUUUUUGAGUAUAUAUUCACCAAUUUCUACUGGAUUUGCAUUUUGUUCUUGCUGAAGAUACCUGAGAUGACCCAAGGGGGUUCCUCACCUCAGAAACAUCUGGAGAAUAAAAACGGCAUUGAGGAAUGCUGA